CGAGCGGGGAGGGCGCUGGAGUCGCAACAGCUUGUGUAGCUGCUGCCACUAGCUAGUUCGUUAGCCUAGCUGCGCCGCCGAGCAGUGACAUGCUGUGGCACAGAAAUGCUAUUCCACCGGGGCACAGCGUCGCAUCGAGCUAGGCUAGCGUGUCGGGAUGGAAAAUUAACCGUCUGCUAGACUCAGACUCCAGGAGCCGUUCGUGUGUUUGCGUGACGCCUUUACACGUUGAAUAUUUCCCACGGGGGGAGAAAGAAGAGGUGGCGGCCACCAGCAGGAGCAGCAGGAGCAGCGGCAGGAGCAGCAGCUAGCAGGUCAGCAGAGACGUAUCAGAGCCCUUGGAAGUUCUCAGCUUUGAUGCAGUGCAGUGAACCUAUUGCAAGAUGACGGAAGAGGUGAUUGUCAUCGCCAAGUUUGACUACAUGGCCCAGCAGGACCAGGAGUUGGACAUCAAGAAAAACGAGCGACUGUGGCUCCUCGAUGACUCCAAGUCCUGGUGGAGGGUUCGAAAUGCCACCAACAAAACAGGCUUUGUGCCGUCCAACUACGUGGAGAGAAAAAACAGUGCCAGAAAAGCGUCGAUUGUCAAGAACCUCAAAGAUACACUUGGAAUUGGGAAGGUGAAGAGCAGAAAAGGAGGGAUGAGAGACACAGCGUCCAACGCUGACACAGACAUGUAUGCAGAUAAUGGCGAGCGGCUCUACGACCUCAACCUGCCUGCCCUGGUCAAGUUCAGCUACACAGCUGAGCGCGAGGACGAGCUGACUCUUGUGAAAGGCACACGGGUGAUAGUGAUGGAGAAGUGCAGCGACGGGUGGUGGCGCGGCAGCUACAAUGGACGUUCGGGUUGGUUUCCGUCCAACUACGUGACGGAGGACAUGGAUGGGACAGCUGGGGGAGGUGGAAUGGGUGGACCUGGUGACCCGGUGGGAUCGCUAACGGAGAAGCUGGCAGCCGUGGUGAACAGCACCACAAACGGGAACAGGGUGCUGCACACAGUCCAGGCGCUCUACCCCUUCAGCUCAGACAACGACGAGGAGCUGAACUUUGAGAAGGGCGAGGUGAUGGAGGUCGUGGAGAAGCCGGAGAACGACCCGGAGUGGUGGAAGUGCCGCAAAGCAGACGGACAGCUUGGCUUGGUGCCGAAGAACUACGUCACUGUGCUGGACUCCACCGCCAAUAAACCUACAGCGGGGCUCGCCGGGCCGCCCACACCUGACUGUGACUACAUCUCGCCUUCAGGCAGCGGGCGCUUCGCGGGGAAGGAGUGGUACUACGGAAAGGUGACGCGACAUCAGGCGGAGGUGGCGCUCAACCAGAGGGGAACGGAGGGAGACUUCCUCAUCCGAGACAGCGAGUCAUCGCCAAAUGACUUCUCCAUCUCCCUGAAGGCUCAGAGCAAGAACAAGCAUUUCAAAGUGCAGCUGAAGGAAAACCUUUACUGCAUCGGACAGCGCAAGUUCAACUCUAUGGAGGAGCUUGUUGAACACUACAAAAAAGCCCCCAUCUUCACCAGUGAGCAGGGAGACAAACUGUACCUGGUCAAGGCCUUGGCAGCCUCCUGAUCCCUCUGUGCUACACACACACUCACACAGACACACACCUCGACACAUUAACUGCAUCCAUACAGUAUAUAUACAUACCGAUACUCACAGCAGAACACACACUAACAUUUAAACUCCAAGCCUGAGGACUUAACACAUCGUCAGGACUUCAAUGCCCGAUUUGUGAGCAUUCCAAGAGAAGGCAUGGAAGUUAAAAGCAUGGGAGAGACUCUGAGAACUGGAGGAGUGGAGACAAGAGAGAAAAGACUAUGGACUCCUGAGAGUUGACUACAGACCUCUUGGUCACCUAUUUUAAAUUAUCCAGAUGUGUUAGGUCAUAGGCAAUGCCAUGUAUUUCCACCUUGGUAUCUAUUAGUUGCAUUUAGUUUCCUUUUUUUGUUUUUGUCGAUAAUAUAUAAUCUUUUAACAGUUUCUUUUUUUAAAUGUGAUGAUUUUUUUAAAAACUAUAUCCAACACAAAACAACAACGGACCGUAUGAGGCUUUUUUCUUUCUUUUUUUUGUUUGUUUCAGCAGAUUCAGAAUCGAUCCCACAGAGGUUCUACAUCUCCACUCGUCUUUGUGUUGGCUGUCUUAACGGUUGUGGACGCACCGAUCCUCAACUUCUGCUAAAUGCAAAUUAUGAAUAAAAAUUAAGUGACCAAAAUAUAUUUAUUGACACAAUUCUAUGGUUGCAGCGAUUGGAACAUCCCACUCUGCAUCUGCAAAGUCAAACUAUAUUGUCGACUGUCCCUCUACAGAACUGCUUGUCUCACAUAUUGCUGUAUCCGUAUCAUGUGAAUGUUACCAGAGGCGGCCACGACGUUGCAUGCAGACAGAAUCACGUCCUCACACCUUCACUGGGAGAUAUUGACUGAGUUCAUCCAUGUGUGUGAAGGGUUGUAAAGUAUUCCCCCUCACAGUCGCCUCGUGCCGACCCCUCCCCCCCCUUCCCCCUGUACGCUGACCACUUCUGUGGAGCCGGGAGGGGAAACGGAGCACAAGUCCAGAGGAUGAUGUCACUGAUCUGGAAUUGGUGAUCACUGGAGGGAGUGAGAAAGGUCACCCAUGGGUCGUGUUGGUGCGGCUGCAGACUAUAUACAUGAAGCUAAGAGACGCCCUCUUCCCUCAGCAGCCACAAAGGAUUUCAGAAAACAACUCCUCACGACAAAGUGCUGCCAGGAGUGAACUGGUUUAAAUGCGUUUAUCUGGGCUCUGUAAAGUUGGAGUCUGGGUACGCAGUUUGUUUUUAACCAGUAAAAAGUCUGUCUACACAACACAUGACUUGUAUUUACAGUACAGUCUUCAGUGAGCGGGAGUGUGUCGAGUGAAAAAUGGACCAAGAAGUGUUUGAAUGUUGAAGGAGCAUCUCGUACCAGUGCCUGCAAUCAAAGCUGAGCGGCUCUUCACGGACGCAGCUCUAGCAGUGGGCUCAGGGAGACUAUGGCGACGAAGAGGACGACGAAUAUGAUGAUGAUGAUGAUGAUGAUCACGGUGCCUGCGAUGAUGAGCUCUCCAGCUGUGGCCUGUUGGACUCGAGCACAGAAAGUAGGGAACGAGAGGGAUUUCACAGAGGACGAAUGGAAAAAUGAACCCAAAAAGGAAAAGGAAAAAACUGAAUUAGGAUCCAGGGAGGAGACUUCGGAGAAUCCGUUCCACUGGAGAUGAGUAUCUGGAAUACUGCUCCCAGUCGUACUCGGGUGGGGGAAAUGGACGGAGCCCAACGCUGAUGUAUCUGAAGAGAAUAAAAGAUUUAGAAGUUUUAAGGUCGACUCAAUCCAGCGAUGCCACGCGGAACAGAAGAAGACAUGGGUGUAAACCUUAUUUUCCUCUCUCUCCAUCCUCCAGGUGAUUGACGGAGCUUUUCAUACAAGAGCUGUAGGACGACACUUUUUUUUUAAAGCUGUAAAAGAUGAGUUAUAAAAAGAAACAAUAACCUGUCAGUUUGAUUCACGAUGGCUUGAAAUGACAACGUCUAAUUUUACACCUCCAGCGCUCGACAAACCCUUAAUACAACUGCAACAGUUUUAUACAUGAAGAAAAGCAACAUUCCAACAUGAACACAGCAGAUUUCUAACGUCAUGCCUCUUUACGUGUAAAUCACAGGAUUGUUUAUCACACGACUUGACUGAUUUUUUUUUGUUGUUGUUAAUUUAAGGUCAUUUAUCUCUAAAGACCUAUUCCACUUUCACAUACGACCAUGAUUUCAACAUAUGUAGGAUAUUUGUGCCUGUUCCCCUCGUUUCGUUUCCAGUCGCCAGAUAAAGUAUUUGGGUUACAAGAAUCCUAUUACAUGUCAUUUACUACACCCAAUCCCUGGCUGCUGCUGCUGUAUCGGUGCCAUGUUGCUGACACUUCCUGAGAGACGGUGUUUGCCUGCAGUAGUUGGAGUGAUCCACUGCCGUCAGCAACCUCAUUUUAAUUUUAUUUAUUUGAUUUUUGGGGGGAGGGGGGUGAAAUUCCCUCCCUGACUCUGAUCUCUGCAGAAUCUGCGACGUCACGCAGCAUUAAAGUGACAAACGCCAACGCAACGUGCCCCAAUUUGAAGGAUUAAGGACGGAAUUUUUUAAUGUGCCUUCACAGCUUUCUGUCAACCAAAGGUUUAGUGCCCUUUUUCUUUUUUUCUCCUUCAUCCAGUUCUUCCCCCUUGUCACCGCUGCGUGCUAUUUGGUUCAAGCUUUGCAUGUGCAUCAGUCGAGUCUGAUCAUCCUGACCGAAAAGGUUAUUUCCUUAUUUAGCGCUCGCUGAUAAUGUCAUUGUCUAACUUUUUAUUUAAGUCUUUUUUUUUGUCAUGCGUCAAAAAGCCCAUUAGUUGAUCCUGUGUGUAGUUUCAAGUGACCUUAACGUAGCUGAUCUCAUCCAGUAAAAACUUCAUGUACAGUUUGGAAACAUGCUGACGUUCACUCAGAAACAAUAACCCCAGGUGUGAUGUAACCAUGACCCGGAUCUCAUGUGCGAGCACCUCAUCGUAACGGUGUCACAUACAGUAUGUCAGGGUUUCCAAGGAAACGGUUUUUAAUGUCUGUAAGUGUAAGACAUUCACUUUUGCAGUUAAGCCACUUAAAUAUGUAAAAAGACAGAUCAUUGAUCCUUAAAUGUGUUACUUGAUAUACAAAUACAAAUCCACAGUAUCUCCCUGCAUAGAUAAUGUUAUGAUAAACUGGGAUCUUUUUUCAUUUUACAAAGAAGGCCGCAUGAGCAGAGCCUCGUAGCUGUACAGACAUGGUUUUAAAUCUGCUUCAAAAACACAUGGGCGUCAGUUGUGAUGGAUAUUAUCAAGAGAUCUCUUCUCUCAACUCAUUUUUCACCAGAGUUGCAGCAGGAACUUGUGACAAAACAAAGCCUGACGUGAUGUCGUAUCGAUUUCUUGAUAAUGUUGACGACAAACGGCCCGUGUUUUAACUUUGGUGCUUUUGUGCUGCUUCCAUUUCUAUGGUGUUCUUUGUCUCACAAAGCUUUGAUCGUUGUUUAUGAGCAAGAGAGAGAGUGAUGGAAAAACAGAUCCAUGCUGUGGAAUGAUCAAGGCAGUGCUGUGAAAAAUUAAAAAAUGUCAUGCUCUUAAAUACUGUUCUUAUGAAAAGGGGAGAUGUGUUCAGGUGUAAUGAUUUAGAAGAGUUUAUUAGAGUGUUCAAAAGACAUAAUAAACCACAUGAAAAUCA